CCUCUGCUCUGCUCUAACCCUCCAGCUCCUCCACCCUCUGCUCUAACCCUCCAGCUCCUCCACCCUCUGCUCGGCUCUAACCCUCCAGCUCCAACAUGCUGCUGCUGGGAAACGACUCCUCCGGCUGGGCUGAACUCCCGGAGUCCAACCGGUCUGAGGCGGCGGGCGGUGGGUCCGGACCCGGACCGGAGGCGGUGGUCGUGCCGGUGGUGUUCGGGCUGAUCUUUGUGGUGGGGGUGGUGGGGAACUCUCUGGUGAUGGUGGUGAUCGGGAAGGUGAAGUACAGCGGUGGAGGAGGAGGAGGAGGAGGAGGAGUAGGAGGGAGGCGCUCCGGCAGCCAGACCAACAUCUUCAUCCUGAACCUGAGCCUGGCGGACCUCCUCUUCCUCAUCUUCUGCGUCCCCUUCCAGGCCACCAUCUACUCUCUGCCGGACUGGGUGUUCGGAGCUUUCCUCUGCAGGUUCGGACACUACUUCUCCUCCGUCAGCAUGCUGGUGAGCAUCUUCACGCUGGUGCUCGUGUCCGUGGACCGCUACAUCGCCGUGGUGCGCUCCAAGAACUCUCCGUGCGUCCGGAACCGCAGGAACGCGCUGGCCGGGGUGUGCGCCAUCUGGGCGCUGUCCCUGCUGGUCUCGGUGCCGGUGGCCCAGCAUCAGGUCCUCACCGACCACCCCAGCGCCCCCAACAGAACCUUCUGCUGGGAGCAGUGGUCCGGAGCCUCCAGACACACCUACAAGGUGACCGUCCUGCUGCUCGGAUACCUGCUGCCGCUGCUGCUCAUCAGCUGCUGCUACUCCAAGGUUUUGUUUCAUCUUUAUAAAAAGAUGAAGAACAUGUCCAAGAAGUCUGAGCGCUCCAAAAGAAAGACGGCUCAGACGGUCCUCCUGGUCGUCACUGCUUUCACCAUCUGCUGGAUGCCCCACCACAUCAUCGCCAUGUGGGUGGAGUUCGGCACCUUUCCCCUGAAUGACGCCUCCUUUGCCUUUCGUAUCGUUUCUCACUGUCUAUCUUACGGAAACUCCUGUGUCAACCCCGUCCUCUAUGCCUUCCUGUCCGAGAACUUCCGUACGUCCUGCCGCCAGGUCUUCGCCUGUCGCUUCCUGUACCCGCCGCCACCCACGAGCAAGGUGGUUCGUUUCCGCAUGGAGAACUUCUCCACCACGCACUCCACCACCAACAUAUUGAUAACUGAGGAACGUGAUCGGACACAUAACAAGAACACGGUGAUUUCCUGCAGUUGAAACAAAAGGGAGAUCUAUGUCUGAACAGAUCAGAGGCUGAUGGAGGAGUUUUCAUUCGGUCACAUGACAACAUGACAGCAUGUGAUUGGCUGCUGACUGUACCUGAGGGCAGCCUGCACUCGUCUGGUUGUAGUAGAACAGAAAACGGAGGUUCAUUAUUGACAGAGUUACUAACUGAACAGAAAACUGCAGGACACAUUGAUUUGUGGACAAAGUCAGGAUUUUAGAAAUGAAAAUAUCAGCCCUGUUUUCAGUUUUGUUAUAAACAGAUUUAUUCUCUUUUGAGAAAUGGAAAAUCAUAGCUGCAUUAUUUUUAUGGUUUUUAUAUAGUCAAUUUGAUCCACCCCGUAAAGAAAAACAUACCAUGUGAGGGGUUUAGCAUAUGUUUUACUUUAUUUGUUAUAUGUUUAGUAUAUUUUUAUUAUGUUUUAUAUUCAAAUCUGUGUGUUUUCUGUAUUUCACCUGCUGAAAGACAGAUUUCUCACGUUGAUGGUUUUCACUGGACAGAAACGGAUUGCUCCGUUCACGAGUCCACGUUCCAAAGCACAACAGUUUUAAUUUCAGUGUGUAUUUUCUUUGUAUUUUCUGGGCAGUGAGGGUCUAAAGACGUCCUGAUAGACUACAUCAAUUUGAGUACAUUUACACAUUUAAUAACAAGUAUGGAGGACCAAACCUGACUGAUUGCACAUAAAUACAUCAAUGAUCAAGUUAAUUAUUAGCAUAAAAAAGUAUAAUACACACAAAGAAAUUAAAAUACAUCAUUAAAAUGCACAAGUUCAGUUUUAAAUUGACAUGUUUAUUUUUAUUAUAAAAGUGAAAGUGUCACCUCAUUUAUUUCCAUUAUAUUUAUUCAUUUUUAUGUAAUAAUGAUGAUUUCACAGAUAUUUAAUGAUUUUAUUCAGUUUUUGUUUUUUUUCCUAUUUCAGGGAUAGAAACACUCGAUCACAGACUGAUCAAUACGUUAUCUAACUUCAUAUUAACCUUUCCAAAAAUAAUAAUGGGAAUUAGUUUAGUCGUCAGUCAGUGAUGUGUUUGAAAACUACGUGAUGUCUAAAUAUUUAUCAGUUUAAUUCACAUUAUAUUAAAUAUUUAUCUGUAACUGUGUCAAUGAAAUUAUGUGAACUUCAGUUCUGAUGAAUGAAUCUGUUCACUCAGGUUUUGUCAUCCACAGUUAGUCCUCAAUAUUUUAAUUAAAAUAUUAAAUAAACUGCUUCAUUCAUCAGAAAUUAGCACUUUAAACAUGUAUUUUUUUUUUUUAACAGAUGGACGUUUUUGUAUGAGUGAUGAUGAGAGAAAAGGUUUAAUUACUCCACAUUACCACAU